UAGGUGCUUCCCACAAUUCUCGUUGCCAUCGCCGCCAUUCAGCAUAAUUGGAGAUACGACGCUUUCUACCUAAAACUCUCAUUGUUUACAUGACAGAUGCACAAAACUACCCUGAAUUAACAAAAUUUACCAUGUUAUAACUGAACAGUUAUAAAUUAUAUAAGAAUUUAUCCACGAAUAACAUUAUGAGUGCAACAACAGGCAAAAAGAAAGGCGGAGGAUUUUUGUCGCGUCAAGCCAAAACUAAAGACAAAGGUCAACUGUUGGAACAUAUUUCAGAAGAUGAGUUGCUUAAGAAAAAUUCAGUUUCUCCAGAUGAUGUUCUUGGUCUAACUAAAAUUACAGACAAUUAUUUGUGCCCUCCUGAGGCCAACAUUUAUGGAAUAGACUUUACAAGGUUUAAGUUAAGAGAUAUGGAUUCUGGGUCAGUGAUAUUUGAGGUUGCCAAACCUCCUCCUGCAGAAGAGGAUGAAGAUGUUGAUCCAGAUGAGAUUGAUCCCAAUGCAGGAAGAUUUGUACGGUACCAGUUCACACCACAGUUUUUGAGAUUAAAAACAGUAGGAGCUACGGUAGAGUUUGUAGUUGGAGAUAAACCAGUCAGCAAGUUUAGAAUGAUAGAGAGACAUUUCUUUAAAGAAAAACUGUUGAAAAGUUUUGAUUUUGAGUUUGGGUUUUGUAUCCCACACAGUAGGAAUACAGUGGAACAUAUAUAUGAAUUUCCAACAUUAACCACAGAAGAAAUCCAAGACAUGAUGGAUCAUCCAUUUGACACAAGAUCAGACAGUUUUUACUUUGUUGAAGACAAGUUGAUCAUGCACAACAAAGCUGAUUACGCAUAUAACAGUGGAGCAUAGCCAAAAAGACUGACUUUUACAGAUACCAGAUCUCACUGGUUACUGGCUUACACAUACACAUUUUCAUUGGUCAAUAGCUGUUAACAGCCAUUUUGUUUAUCAGUCAUGUGAUAAAAAACAUAAUAUCAAUGAAAAGGGAAUUACAUGGACUUGAUUUGUUUCAGCUACAUGAUUUUAUUUAGCAUGGCUGAAAAUCCUGACUUUUUAACAACAAACCGGAGAAUGUGAAUAAAAGUCACAACAAAACUUGAUUAUUGUCCCACCUGUGUGUAGCCAUUUUGUGUUGCCUUGUUUAUUGUAUGUAGAUUUUUUAUUCAGGGAAAAUUGAAAAAGUCCUAAUAUAAUAUAGAAUUUUUAAAAGUUUUAAAAUAUACAUUUAGACAUGUAGAUAUAUUACUAAUUGGUACUGCAUAAUAACUGACAAUUAAUACUUGCUGCUUAAAAUGAUAACAAUAAACGUUAAGUUUAAAAUUCUGAAAUUUGCCUAUUAAUAAUUUUUUCUGCUUGUCUUAACCUAGAGUUUUUAUUGAAUGCUUUUCCAUGCCAUACAUUUCUAAUUAUAAAUGGAGGAUUCAUUUCUUCCAUAUAUUAGAGUAUUCUUUUUUUCUUUAUCAAACAAUUGAAAAAGUGCACAGACCAAAUAUUGAAACUUCAUCAGGUGACAUACAUAAUGAUUAAGUUAGUGAUUCAUUGUAAAAAUUGUGUGUUUGUGAGUGAUAUUUAGUUAUAUUAUUAUCAUUAUCGACCUCUAUCUUCAAAUACAUACUAAACAAAAAAAUAUUUGAGGGGAUAACAGAAAGCCGUCAGUAUAAACCUACCUUGUUGGUAAAUUCUUAAAAAGAAUCCAGAACUUUUUGUAAGAAGGGGCCUAUUGACUGGCAUAGGAGGGCCUGCUCCAGUCACGCUUCAAUGAUUCCCUUUAUAAUCAACAAAAUUUUUCCCACAAAAGAGGGGCCCCCACUUGAAUCCGCCUAUGUAAAGUAAGCCACCAAGUUAUUUUUGAUAUUUGUGUGUCAAGACACAUUGUAUAAGUGUUUUUAUCUGAUCUAACCCAAUUAUAUGGUGCAUAAUUGUUAUAAUAAACAUUCCAUCAGGAUGAUUGUAAAGCUGAAUGAAUAUUGUGUGUAAUUCUAAACUUGUAAAUAAACAGGUUUACUGUGGCAAAUGUUUUCUUUGAUUUAUUAGGAAAUACAUUUUUUUGGCAAAUACCAUGGAUUUUUUGUAAUCGCUUUAUUCUGAAAUCUGCCCCUUCUUAUAUGGUCCAAGCAAUUGACAAACGAACUAAAAGCAGUUGUAUUAUCUCAUUUUCCCCCUACAAAAGCUGUCCCAGGAUGUAUAUAUUAGAAAAUUUUGUAUGUCUUUUACGUUUACAAAUACCACUGAAGGGUCAAUAUAUUUAAAGAGAAAAAUAUUUUUUUGUUUCUUUAAACUUCACUUUGGCAUUGAUAAAAAGAAAUAAAAAAAAACCGACAGAUAAUUCUCAUCCAUGAAAACGUGAAGAUAUAAAAAGUGACUUUAUACCAAAUAUUGACAUUAGAACGAAUAAUCUGAAUUGGGGAAUAUAUGAGUGAAAAGUACAACCAUCCCAAGCAGUGAUAAUUAAUUAAUAAAGGUAUUUUGAAAUUCUAUGUAAAUGCAAUCAGUUCAUCCCAUUUGAUCAAUAUAUACAUUGUAUAUUUAUUUUUUUCAUGUCAAAUUAAAAAAAUGUACUUCAAUUUGUUUGAAACAUAUUUGAAUCAUUGUGUGUGUUGAAUACAUUGUGCAAUACUUACUAUUAUUAAAUUGAUUUCUUAUAUUGUUUUAACUUUACUUUACAUUUCCUAUACUUUCUGUUUUGUUAAUUACAAUCUUGAUUUGUUUGAAAGGCAUAAAGAGUUAUGAUUUAUUUAUUAAGAUAUGACUAUAUUUAUGGAUAUUUAAGAAAAGCUAUUAUUUUCAUAGUAUUUAUGAAGCAUUAUAUUUAAAUAUGCUUGCAUAGUUUUUUGUUUUAUCUAGACUAAUUUUUAAUUUGGUCUAGUCUUUUGUUCUUGCUUUCUUGUCUUUAAUAGUAUGAUGAUUUAAUACUGCAUACACUAUUUGUGAAAAAUAAUUCACAUAUGAAAUUUUUGAACUUCUUUCUUUUUUUAUAAUGCAGUUAAAUUGUAUUUUCUCCUGUGUGUUAUUACUCUGUUAAUUGAAAAAGUCCAAGUAUUAUAUAGUGAUAAAUCAAUUAUUGGUAAUGGUAACUUCUUUAACUCUACCUUCAAGUCCAAGUAUAAUAUAAUAAUAAAUCAGUUAUUGUGAUGGUCAUUUCUUUAUCUCUACCUUCAAUUAUCCUAAAAAUGUACAGAAUAUACACUAAUUUGUUAUUGGAUUUCACAUGAGUCUCAUAUAUAUUCACUUUUUAUCAUAUUAUUUAGUUUUUGUUAAGGAAUUUAUUUAUUGUAAUCUUUUGACCUGUAUUUUUGUUGAACAUUGCACAAUUCUAUUUAUUCUUAUGUACAUUCCAGAUUUGAUUUCCACAUAUCAUAUUUACAUUAAUAUACAUAAUAUUGUAAAUAGUCUACAUAAAGUUUCACUACUGAGUAUACUGACUGAAUUUCAUAUUGUUGCCUAAAAUAAAAUUGGUUAAGUUCGUUAAGUUAGGGAGCCUGUUUAAAUUAGAAUUUUAGGGCAGAAAAAGUUAUUAGCUUUUACAUGUUUAUAUAUUAUUUACUUCAGUUGAUCUAAAAACCAAUUUAUAUUUUACAAUCUGUAGACAGAAGAAUUUCAAGUUCUAAGUGAUGUUUUUUUUUCUAUAAAUAAGUUAAUUACAGUUCAAUAGUAAAUAGUUUUAUGUAGAAAAAAAGGGUAAAUGGACAAUGGAACAUAAGCUCUAUGCAAUUGAUUAUUGCCUUUUAUUACUAAAAUAUAUAUUGAGUUAAGAGUCUUUCAAUUAGACAAAUUUCAAGAACAGUUAGGAGUAAGUAUGUGUUUACAGGUGAACUGAGAAAGAUUUUUUUUUAUUCCUUUAGCACUUUCCUUCCAAGAAAAAGGACAAAAUAUAUUUUUAUUAAUUAUAGACCUGGGCUCUAUUCACAAAAAAAUCUUAUGAUGACAAAAAUAAGAAAAAGAACAAAAUAUAUUUUUAUUAAUUAUAGACCUGGGGCUCUAUUCACAAAAAAUCUUAUGACAAAAAAAGGAUACACUAUAAUGUUCAUGACUAGCAAGUGCUUUUGAACAUAAAAUUGUUUGUAGAAAAAGUCACAGAUUUUAUGUUGAAAACACUUCUGGACAUCUUUUGAAAAAAGGCUUAUUACAAGGAGACUACAGUAAAUUGUAGAUAAUGUGUAAAUUCACUAUAUAUUAGGCAUGCAUAUCAAUUAUGCAGAUAUUAGUUUAUUUUAGAAGAUACAUGUUUUCCGUCCAAUAGUUCGUUAUUUUUGUGAUGUUAAUAUAUGCUCGUCAUUUUCUGCUUAAACUUACUCGUACAAAGAAAAUCCAAAUAUGGAUUGUUUUAAAGAUUUACAAGAUUUUUACAGAAUUAUGGUUGGUUUCAACUUGAGAAAUGAUAUCCUUAGUAUUAUUUAUAAUUACAAUUCCAUGAUUACAAAUAAAACAUACACAAUUUUUAUUUUGAAGUGAUAGUCUUUUGCUAUGAACCAAUACCCAUUCCUUACUGCACCAUGUUUUACAGAAUUGUUUUUUAAUUGUGAACAUGUUUGAAAGUAUUUGUGGUACAAGGGGUUUUACACUAGUGAUCCUCAAUGUAAUAUAUAAAUGUAGUUGUGAUAUUUUUAGGUACACAAAUGUACAAUUGAAUGAGAAUUCAUUCAAUUAAAAACGAGAGCUUGCUUUCUAAGGCUAAUGUACAAUCUUACUACCUAUUUUGGUAUACUUUAAUGACUUGUUUUACGUUGUCUAUAUCUUCGUAUAAAAUAAACAUAUGUCACAAUCAUA